GCAUUUCCCAGAAGGCUGUGCUCGCCGUCUCGUUAGCCCGGCUACGGGUCGGUGGGGCGAACCUCUCAUCCUGGACUUUUUAAUUUCUCAGGGGGAAUGAGUGACGGUGGACAGAGGCCUUUGGCGGCGCCGUCGGUAGGCUGCCUGGCCUGGGGGCGCUGGACGCAGAGACCAUGGAGCCGGCCAUACAGCUCUCCUUCCAGUCGGGGGGCAAAAAGCCGAGGCGCCGCGUCUCCUUUAACCGCGGUGGGCGGGGCGAGGCGAAGCGACCCGCGUUGCUAUUGGCGGCGGUUGGGGGCGCGGAAACUGAACGGGACGAAACUGCAGCCGCUGCUUCUUCGGGCUCCUCUGGCGUCUUGGGCGCUCCUGGCCCCGCCAUGGCCGCACCCUGCCUGGAGGACCCCUCGCUGGAGAGGCAUUUUAAGGGCCACCGGGAUGCAGUUACCUGUGUGGACUUCAGUCUCAACACGAAGCAGCUGGCCAGUGGCUCCAUGGACUCAUGCCUCAUGGUGUGGCACAUGAAGCCCCAGUCACGUGCCUACCGCUUCACCGGCCACAAGGACACCGUCACCUGUGUGAACUUCUCCCCUUCGGGACACCUGCUUGCCUCAGGCUCCCGUGACAAGACUGUCCGCAUCUGGGUACCCAACGUCAAAGGCGAGUCAACCAUGUUUCGUGCACACACGGCCACAGUGAGGAGCAUCCACUUCUGCAGCGAUGGCCAGUCCUUCGUGACAGCCUCCGACGACAAGACAGUCAAGGUGUGGUCAACUCAUCGCCAGAAAUUCCUGUUCUCCCUGAGCCAGCACAUCAACUGGGUCCGCUGUGCCAAGUUCUCCCCGGAUGGGCGGCUCAUCGUGUCUGCCAGUGAUGACAAGACUGUCAAGGUGUGGGACAAGACUAGCCGGGAGUGUGUCCACUCAUACUGUGAGCACGGCAGCUUUGUCACCUACGUGGACUUCCACCCCAGCGGCACGUGCAUCGCCGCCGCCGGCAUGGACAACACGGUGAAGGUGUGGGACGUGCGGACUCACCGGCUCUUGCAGCACUAUCAGUUGCACAGUGCGGCGGUGAACGCCCUCUCCUUCCACCCGUCGGGAAACUACUUGGUCACGGCCUCCAGCGACUCAACCCUGAAGAUCCUGGACCUCAUGGAGGGCCGGCUGCUCUACACGCUCCAUGGGCAUCAGGGUCCAGCCACCACUGUUGCCUUUUCAAGAACGGGGGAGUAUUUUGCUUCUGGAGGUUCUGAUGAACAAGUAAUGGUUUGGAAGAGUAACUUUGAUGUUGUCAAUUACGGAGAAGUCCCAAGAGUGCAGAGGCCCCCGGCCACGCUGGCCAGCUCCUCCAGGACUCUGCCAGAAGUGGAUUCCCCCGUCCCACCAGACAGGGGCAGGAGUCAGGAGUCGAUGCAGAGCCAGCCCCAAGAGCCCGUCAGCAUUCCCCAGACACUGACCAGCACGCUGGAGCACAUUGUAGGCCAGCUGGACGUCCUCACCCAGACAGUCUCCAUCCUGGAGCAGCGGUUGACACUGACAGAAGACAAGCUGAAGCAGUGUCUGGAGAACCAGCAGCUAAUCAUGCAGAGAACACCACCAUGAUCAGGGGAGCAAGAAUCAAGAGCUCGGUCGAUUUGGGGGGUGACAGGCCGGGGAUUUGUACUAGGGAACUUGGGUAAAUAAAUAGAGGGGAUUCAGCUCUGGGAAUCACAUCCAUCCCAGAGCCCCAGGGGUCCUGCACCUCUGCCCUGCACCCAAGCCGUCCGCACCUGGAGACUCUCCACUUGGCUGUGGGAGGCCCCACAUACCCACAGAUGACCACGUUUAGUUUAAUGUGAAGGAGCCACUUGAAAAUGUUUGCUACCUUGGAGUCCUAAGCGGAGUCCACUUUUCCCUUACGAACCUUUCUACCGUAUGACUGGCUUCCCCCACCGACCUUUCCCAGCGUAGAAAUGGACUACUCAUUGGUUGGAUGAGCCAGGAGUUUCCUAUAAAUCUGACAAAAGGCCCAAAGUGGGCCCAUCUGUGUCUGAUUUACCCAGGAACAAGCACUCUGGAGAGGGGGGCGGCUUUGCAGUGGCCUUGAUUUCUGCCCCACACAUGUUCACUGGGGCCUGAUGGCUUCCUCCUCUGCAUGCAUGAGGGCAGAGGAAACUGAACAUUAAAACGGACUUGAUGGAGCUCGUCAGUGAAAUGGCUUGUUCUGAGUGAGACCUAGUCCCCCCAUCCCCAGGACCUAUAAAGGGAGAAUGAAAAUGGCUUCUUGGGAGGGCCCCUGCCAGGAUCACCUCUGAAGCCCAGCACACCCUGUUUGCAGCCGUUCGGGGUCUUCAGGAGCAAGGACAGCCAGAGCCCCUGCCUACACCCUGUCCCUCUGGCUGGCCUGGCUGGCUGCUUCAGCUGAGACCUGGAGGCCUCGGGCACCUGCCUUUCCUCUUGCUCGUGAGGGUUCCAUAGUCAGCUUCCCCUGCAUCCUUGCAGGAAAGCCAGGCAAGUGUUUCCCAUAUGUCUGGGUGUCGUCCAUGCCUUAUGCAUUCAGCUUCUUGGGGCCCAGCCAGCCAGAGAGGUAUUUACCCUCCAACACACCUGCCCUGCCCUGGGGCCUGGGGGGAGGGCGGUGUUAGAUCUUCCCGGGAGCUGUCAGUACCAAGCAGCUAAUGAGGUUCCCAGCCUCUGCAGCUUCCAGGUGGGAGCAGAGUCUGAACACCUAAGAGCUUGGGCUGACAAGAGCCAGCCUAUGUUGAGUACCGAUGAACGACAAGCCUGGAGGAGCUGCCUCUUCCACCUGGAUGGGGAGAGAGCUGUAGUCUGCAGUUAGGCCUCAGGCUCUGCCUUUGGUCGAGCCGUGUGACCUCAACGUGGUGACAUAACCUCUCUGAGCCUCAGGUUCUUGUGUCAGGUGGUGGUGGUAACCACCCCACCAGGUGGCGAUGAGGUAGGUACUUAACAGAGGCCCGUGGCUCCCCGCCCCUAUCACUCCCUCUAGGACGAUGUGGGAAGAGGCUGCAGGCUCAGGACGCUUUGGAGGCCCCCAGGAACCUGCUGCAGUCUUCCCACGUGGCCCUGCUAGUGUGUAGAAGAGCCUGGAAGUCCUGCUGGUCUAAAUUGGCAGUUGAUCAACUGGUCCUGCCUGCUUGGAAGGGUUUUCAGGCCAGAGGAUGGUUCAGCAAGUCCUGUGAUUGACUAGUAAUGCCUGCCAGGGAUGAACCGUGGCCGAGUGCAGAAAGCUCAAAUCCUGCGGGUUCCAGAAGCACUCCCUUCGGCAAAUCUCAAGCGCCACCGCCCUUCAUCUCUGACGCUAACCUCCCUCCAGCUGGGUGUAGAGGCAAGGUGGCGGGGAGCUGACCAGCCUCGGGCAGAGUGGGAAGGAUAAACCCCAAGGAUGUGGGAGCACUCCGCCCAGCAGGGAACGGACCAGACGAACCGCAGGAUCAGCCGCGAGCUCCCUCCCGACGCAGACAACCCUGACUCAGUAGGGAAAGUGCGGCAGGCCCUGCGCACGCGCACCGUUCGAGUCGAGCCGCUUUGUUCCAGCGCUACCUGCGGAUCCAUUCACCUACUCCGCCUAGGCAGCCUGCGAGCCGAUACACAGCGCUCGCUGAGACCCCGCCCACUUCCCGCGCUGGGUGGAACUUUCGGCGGGCCCCGCCUUCCUCUCUCCGCCCCACCGUCUCCUUCGGCCGCGAUUGGCCACCUGCGUGGCGCACUCCCGCCUACCACGAAAGUUGAUUGGUGCGUUG